CACGAUUGUUCGGAGAGGACGGCGAGUAGUAGAUGGCGGGAGUGAUCUCCGUGUGAUAUAACUGUGUUAGAUUAGUUUUUAAAUUUUUAGUGUAUAUUAUAGAAUAGUUAUAAAAAUGACUAGAGCUAAAAUAGAACUAGGCGAUGUGACGCCUCACAAUAUAAAACAACUAAAAAAGCUAAACACAGUUGUUUUCCCCGUGUCAUACAACGAUAAGUUCUACAAGGAUGUAUUGGAGGCAGGUGAAUUGGCCAAGCUAGUUUACUACAAUGAUAUUGUGGUGGGCGCAGUUUGCUGUAGGAUAGAUACGUCGGAGAACUCCCGGAGAUUGUACAUAAUGACGCUAGGGUGCCUGUACCCAUACAGAAGAUUGGGCAUUGGGACUCUCAUGGUGGAGCAUGUGCUCAAAUAUGUUGAACAGGAGGGCAAUUUUGACAGCAUUUUCUUACAUGUCCAAGUCAACAAUGAGGGUGCAAUAGAUUUCUAUAAGAAGUUUGGCUUUGAAAUUGUGGAGACGAAAGAACUCUACUACAAGAGGAUAGAGCCGGCAGACGCACAUGUGUUACAGAAGACCAUUAGACAACCCCAGAACGCUCCCAUGUCCAAUGGUACUGUGCCACAUGCCAAAACAAACGGGCAUGACUGAGCUAGAAUGUGAAACUCGAUAUGUACAAAAAGCUCUGAAAUUUGCAUUGUAUGAUGAAAAUAGUUCUAUGACAGGCUUCUGACAGUUGAAUUAUUACUAGAUGUUGCAUAUUUAUUUGUCUUUUUCUCAUCUCUUAUUUUGUGGCAGUCGAAAACUGCAGCUAUACUAAUUAAAACAACAUGGGUAAUUUUCAUACUAAUCUAUAAUGCCUCUAAUUUCUCCAUGUUAAACUAUGCCGUACAAUUGCUGUUGUGUCACGAUGUCUUUCAAAAUAAAAUCAUUCAACAUUGUUUCACACAAAUGCUGUAUAGGAUUAUCUGCUCUUAACUAGCCUAUUGCCAAAGCACAUAAUUUUAUUUUAUGUAUUUAUUUAUAAUUCAAAUUAGUAUUGUACUCAAAUUUUCUGGACAAGUAUUCUAUUCCUGUGAUAAUUGUACAUUGCUUGGCAAUGACCUUUUAUUAAUAAUAGACGCGUGACGUUCAUAGUUGACAAAACUAAAAUGCAGGCAAUAUUUAGUAGAUGUUUGUGACAAUCUUGGCACAUUGGCGUCAGCCGUACGACUUACUCGAUAUAGGUUCCGGAACCUAUAUUUGAUGGCUCACGAUCGAGCGCCGGGUGCCAUAUCUACCUCCCUUUACAUACAUCCAUGGUGCUUGGUAAUUUGAAAGUUAUAUAGUGACAUCUAAUAAUAAUUUGACUGUCAGAAGUAUUUGCUACCUGACACAGCAAGAAAUCAUCAUAGAAAGGUUAACUGGCCAUAAUUGUUAAGCCAAGUGAUAACAACAAUUGUAUAAAACACAAGUCACUCACUAAGUAUACAUACAGUCAUAAAUUAAUGUUAAGCCAGAGGCCUACAAAUGUAACUUUGCCUGUGUGUGAAACCAACAAGACAGGUGUAAAUCGGAAAAUUUUAAACUAGCCUUCAAUAGCUAUUUGUUUUACAAUUGGGCAAAGUUGUUGUUUAACCUCUCAUGCUAAUAUUGAUAUCCGAGCAAGCGAAAGAUUCCGAAAUGGAAUCUUAAGCGUUGCGAGGGUUUCAAGGCACGAGGGUUAAACAAAUUUUGCCACCGAGCGAAACACAAAAAUUUUUCACCACAUUAACACAAGGAAAAUACUAACUGUAAAAUAUCAUACAAAAUCAAAGCAAAAUGAAUGUUAUUAAAUAUUUAUCAUUCAAAAUCAUCAUUUAAAGUCAACAUAAGGAAACAACUCAAAAUUUGCAUUUGAUUACUUUGCCCCACAUGUAUAUAAUGCAACAUUCUCAUCAGUUUUUGAACAAGCAAGAGAGCCUUUUACCAGCUGGUGUGGUGAAAAAAUAUUUUUAUUUUAUUUAUUUAUUUAUUUAAAAGCGUCAACCUUCAGCCUUCCGCGCUAAACGAACUUGCUGCUUUCUGGCUCUGUCGCACAGAAAAACAGUAUACACACCUCGGCGGGUAAAUAAGAAAGCCUCAGAUCACAUGUAAUUGUUGCCCUAGGUAUGUAAUUUACUUUACAGUACAUAUGGUGCCAAUUUACCGCCCGAGUGCGGUAACUAGCACUAUACGUGCGUAUGUGGAAAAUUUAAAGGGCCAUAUGUACUGUAAAACGUUGUACAAUACACGUGCGAAAAGGUAAUUCGUCACUCGUGUGUUUCACUUGUUCAUUAACAAAUAUGAUCUGUUGUUAGAUAUCUUUUUUUUUCCAAACUACAUAUAUUACAAUGAAAUACAUAAAUGAAGUAAUUUUCUUUCUCUGUGUGUGUAGUUUAUUUCUUGCGUAUUUGUGUAAGUGUACAAAAAAAUAAGCUAAUUUAUUAAUGUUUUAAAGCAUAAGGAAAUACAUACCUACAUACAUUUUGAUAAAUAAAUAAUCUUUUAAUAUUGUUAACAUGAAAAAGGCUAGUUCAAUUUUACUGAUUAUAGGACUUAAGUUUUAGCAUAAUAUUAAAUUUCUUACUGGCAAUAUAUAAAAAAAAUGCUUACUACAUAGCCAGUUAAAGAAACCUUAUUUUAGCAUUGUGUACAAUUUAAUAAUGGUAUUAACUUAUUACUCAAUAGGGUUUUUUGACCCCUCUAAAUUUUCAGGUAUUUUAUGUAAGAAACUAAGUAAGAAAAGUAAGUAAGUCUGGUUGUCUGUCAAAGGUUGCAAAUGCCUUUCAUGGCCUCUUUUGAAUUGACCUAUCAUGAUAUCAUGUAAUAUUCGAAUAUGUAACAGUUUCAUGGCAAAGUUACGCAGUUGGUUGCAAUAUAUGUAAUAGAUGGACUUAAGAAUGUGGUUGUGGAAUUUGAGGCCAUAAAACAAUAGAUAUGACUGAAUACUUCUCUAAUAUCAAUGUCAUAUAUUGUACAGAACACAUUAAUGAUAAGUUCAAGCAUGUUGUUGAUCUAAUGUUUGCAAUUUAGAGUUAAUAGUUGUGAAGGUGGAAUGUUUGAUAUAACUUUAUUUUUCAUAAUUUUACAUCACUGAGCACCGAACUAUGCAAUUUCCCAUACAAUAAAAUUUAGUGAACGCUAACGGUGACUGACGGUUUGGUGAAACCGGCCCUUAACGUUUGAUAUUAUAUCACAUCAUUGCAAAGUACUGACAUAACUUUUAUGAUACAAAUAAUAAAUACUGUUGCUUAAAGUCAAUAUUAUGUUAUAUCAAACAUUGGCGCCUGUCUAUUAUUAUUAAAAUCUUUGCAGUUGUAAUUAAGUUUUCAUCAUUUGAAUGUGUAAAAUAUAGGUUAUUCUUGGCUCUAGGCAUUCUGUUAACUAAACUGAUGGCAUACAAGUGUACAUUUCGAAAUACUUAAAAUUUAAGUAAGUUUAUGGUAUAAGGAGUUUCCAAUUUGGUACCCAACAGUGUCCCUUUAAUCAAGUAUCAGGAUUUACCUCGCAAUAUUGUUUUAUCUUAAUGCAUUUGUACCGGGAACAUACCUUAUAUAUUACAUUACUUAAAGUAAUAAAACACGAUCUUAUUUAAAGAUUUUUUUUUUUUAGUUUUUACUUGCACAGCAUAGGAAUUUGAUGUUCAUUAAUUUUAAUCCCUUGUUGAUUUUUAUUUUAAAUUUUUUCUAUGUUAAACAUUACUGAUUUUAAACGUGAUAAAAUUUUUAGUGUCUGUAAAUUAUUUUAUUCUGGUUAGACAUGUUUACCAAAAAGUCAAUUUACCUAUGAAUGUCUGUUCUGUAACCUAUUUGUUGGAUAUCAUGUUCACUACUACCUUAGGAUUAGUGUAAUAAACCUGAUUAACAUAU